ACCAGUAGAGUUGAGCCCCAUAAAAGCUUAGAUCUGUCCUGUUACAGUACCUCUUCAGCAUAAAGAAGAUCUUCCAGGCCUAUUUUCCACAAGCAACUGGCUAUAAAGGCCUACCACGUCAUUGGACUAUCGAGACACACUUGCAGGCCUAGUAUUGUGUACUGAGUAAAACUGGAAAAGUUUGCUGAGCAUCAUCUAGGAAAAGAAUGGCUGACCACUCAGCAUUAUCACCUGGUCUUAAUCAAAAGAAAGCAUUGAAAAUAGCCAUACCAUUACCUGGGAUGGUGGAGGAAAAUGUUGGAACACCAUUUACUGAAAUAGAUCAAACAAGGACAAGGGGGGCUGACCAAACUCCUCCAAAGUUGCCCCCUCGAACCACUCCCAACAAUGACAGACCAGAUAAUAGUUUCUUGAGGCCGAAGCGCUCUCAGUCUCAAAGCCACUCGCUUAUUCCUUUCUCAAGGGGAUUCUCUGAUCAGUUUCCACUGCAUGUUAAGGUCACACAAGGUCACUAUGGAACCAACCACAUGGAAACACUAUCUGGGCAGGAAGAAUUGAUUAUUCUGUACGAAAAACGACAAGAGGUAUUGCACGUCAGAUCGAAAAUAGGAAAAACCUAUUCUAUUCCAUUUGGAUCAUCUAUUCCCAUCAGCAUUCUCCAUAAUCCAAAUGACAACGAGGCUGAAGCUGUAAAAGGCAUAGCAUACGAAUCACUGUCAGACCUCAAAAAAGACCAGCUUCCGAAAGUGAUAUCUUGCAAUAGUGCUGACAAACAAUCUCCUGUCACACAAAAUGAGAUCCUUCUUGUAAAAAGGCUUGAUACCAAGAAUAAAAAACUUUGUGUUCACAGUAUUCUGAAAACCGAGGACUCCGCUACUGAAAAAGAAUUGGACCUAAAUUGUAAAGCCACAUUCACAACGAAACCAGAUGCAGUUGCUCUCUAUCUUUCCGACAUUGUCAAGUACUGCAAUGAGAAUUCAACAACAAAAAUGAGAGCUCUUCUUGACCUUGAUAAGCUAUCUUCAAGUAAUGCCAACACGAUUAAGCACAUGGAUCGCAGCUUGAUGGAGCCAGUCGACAUGGAGAGAAAAACUGAAGAUUCUCUUGUUGUAGUGCGAGCCGAACCUGGUGGUGAUUACGAUAACUGCCAGCUAUUUGAAAUUCCUUUAGAGGAAAAUUUGCCAAUUGAAGUCGAAAUUCUUAGAGUUCCUCAAGAUCCUCUUUACAGCUCACUAGAUCCUCCAGAUUAUCGGUCGAAGUUCAAUCCAAAAAAGCUAAAAGUUUGGGCUAUUAGUAGAUGUGAGGCAAGUCAGAGUAUCCAACAAAUUUUCUAUUCUUCUCUUCGUUCUGGUCAUGAAAUGGAUGGAAUUGACUUACCACAAAGGAGAUAUGAAGAAGUAAAAGCACCAGACCACCAGCACAAUGUUGUCCAACCAAUGAAAGUGUCUGUUCCAGUCAUUCCCAGCACUGGAGAAGCAGUUGAAGAAGCACCCCAACUACCGCCAAAGCCUAAACCAGCUAGUGCUGCAUUAGCUUCCUUGACACAACUUUCUCCCGAUUUGAUAAUGAAACAAUUCCAAGAAAUGCUGCAAAAAGCUGUAAAGAAAGAAGUUGGCGGGCAACUUGCAACUGAGCGGAUGUUAAGUAUAAGCAGCGAUCCCGAGUCAUGUGACAUCCUGACGUCUCCCAAUGUGAUCCACCAGCAAACCCAAGCCCAGAAGCUCACUCCAGAUGACCUCUAUCAGGUAAUCACAGAGCUGAUAGAUUGUGAAGGGCUGUGGUAUUGCUUGGGCAUCUACUUGGGAGUACCAAAGCCGAAAAUUGACGAGAUCUCCACCAUACACUCUUACGAUCCUAAAAGGAGUCUGAUUGAAGUUGUAUCCUACUGGCUGAAUAAUUCACUCGAUGCUUCUUGGCUGUCUAUUGUCAAAGCUCUCAUUCAAUCUGAGAAGAGAAACAAGGCUCGUGAAAUUGCAGAAAAAUUUGAUGCAGAGAUACCAAGUGUAGACAUUCAAGAUACUGUUCCACUUGAACUUCAGGAUGAUCUUUCUCAUGACGAAAAAAUACAACUCAAGAAACUGAGUAAAGGAAUAGAGCAGAAAUCAGAAGAACUGCAAGAUGUGAAAAGAAACACACAAAAAAACAAGGAGAAACUAGAUCGUCUAGGCCAGGAGUUAGCUGAAGUGAAACGAAAGUUAAGAUUUAAUGAGGAAUAUGCUCUUGUUCUUGCAAAUGGAAGCCAAAUCAAUGCCCUGAAAAUAAAAGAGCUUCGAAAAAGCGAUGCAAUGACUGAGCAAGCAGAGUCCAUGGCUGUCAGGGACAAGCAGUCAUACGAACGAAGGAUAAGAAAUGCUCAAUCAGAAACAACCAGGCUGCAACAGCAGCUGCUUGGAAUUGAUCGUGAGCAUAAAAAUGUUUUCAGUCAGCAACAUGUCUUGCAUGAGAAAGACAGUACCUUGCAUCAAGAGCUGUUGAUAAUGGAGGAGGAUCUAAACCGACUAGUACUCGGAGGCCAUGAUCCAAUUGACAGGAACGAGGAAUCAGAGGAGACUUUGGAGUCACCGGAGUACUACAAUAUUAUUCUUAAAAAUGGAAUGAUGGAGCAGAAAAUGCAUCAAAAAGAAAUAACGCAGCUCCAAGAAGAGUUGAAAAUUAAAGAAGACCAACUUAUUUCAUUAAAAGAAAAACUAAGCAUGACACAACAAAAUCUAGCCAAGGUGGAAGAAAAGCUUUCAUCCAAGUAUGAUUAUGCCACCGUGAUGGAUACCUUAGUUACAGAUGAGAAUCUCAAAACAAGCCUUGAAGCCGACAAAGUCGACUAUCACUUGCAAAUUGCCAAUGUGCAUUUCUCAAGGAGAGAAGUAAAAUCAAAGCUCAGCCUUAAAGAAAUUAAAAUGCAAAAAAGCAAGAAGCUAAAUCGAAUAGCUCAAAAUAAGGCGCACAUGACCUCUGGAGGCAACUCUGGGUCCCAAGAAGAUGUAUUCUUAUCAACACCUUCAACACCUUGUGAAGAAAUCGAAGCACUUGACUAUGACACUGCAAAGCCUCAUGCCAUUAAGACAACCACAACUAGACAAGAAGCUUCACUUGCAGCGAACAGGCCGAAAGCCAAUUCCAAGCCCUCGACUAAGGCUAAGCUCAAACCUAAUUCCCAAUCUCUUUAUGGACGCCCACCUACUAAACCAGUCGCCUCUCGUAGCAGAGCAGCUACUGACACUAAACCUCGAGAAGCAAGCAACCGAAAACCACCCCGAAACGUGGAUGGUGAAUUCAGAGCAAGAUUAGGAGCAACUGCAAAAAGUGAGAGACCAAAAAACUAGCGUAUAUAUACCACUGCGUUUAUAGUGAAGUAGUUAGUUAUUUGGCACUGGUUUCUCCUGUUACAUAGAUAGAAAAUUUAUCAAACUCCACAUAGAACAUGAUUUAAAAAAGUAAUUAUAGAGUAGUGUGCAUACAUGUGUUAUUUCUAAACAGUAUAAGUUGUUGUAUAGCUCAUGAGUCUAUUGUUUUUAUCAAUUUAGAUUUUCCAUUGA